AUGGGCAAGAAGCAGCACCAGAAGGAUAAGUUGUACCUUACAACUACUGAGUGGAAGGAGAUUGGUGGUCAUAAAGAUGACACUGGAACUCGUCUUCAGCGUGCUCAGUUCAAGCGUCUUCCUCUCACCCACUGUGCGCUGUCGCUGAUUCCUUUCGAUGAUCCUGUCUGUGCAAGGACAGGAGAGAUUUUUGACCUGACCCAAAUUAUACCGUAUUUGAAGAAGUAUGGCGUGAAUCCCUGCACCGGGAAAAAAAUGAGCAGCAAGGAUCUCAUUCAUUUAAAAUUCGACAAGGAUGAACAAGGAAAAUUCCGUUGCCCCGUGACUUUUCGUGGUUUCACCGAUCAUACACAUGUUGUCGCCAUCGGCACAACUGGCAACGUUUUCUCCUAUGAAGCUGUGCAGGAAUUGAACCUGAAGGCUAACCAUCUGAAGGAUCUCCUUACCGAUACACCAUUUCAAAGAAGUGACAUAAUAGUUCUACAGGACCCAAAUAAUCUAGAGAAGUUCAACAUGGAGAAAUUCUACCACGUACAGUUUGAUCCGAAAACAAAGGAGCAGAUCGAAAAAGAGAAGAAAGAAAUGCAGGAUCCGAAAUUCUUCAUUCGUCGCAUGAACAACGAAACAAAAGAAGCUUUGGAUCAGUUGAAAAAAGAUUACGUUUCAAAAAAAAUAGAUCCAGUGGCAGAUGAGACGGCUGAUGAGAUUAACGCUGCACAUUACAGUCAAGGACACGUUGCUGCAGGUUUUACAUCUACAACUAUGACGCCGGUCACGAAACAAAAGGCGGCAGUUCUCACAGACGAGUUUAGGUAUUCUCGUGUAAAGAAGAAUGGUUACGUCCGAAUCGUUACUAAUCAUGGACAUAUAAACAUUGAAUUAUUUUGUGCAAAAGCUCCAAAAACAUGCGAGAACUUCAUAACAUUAUGUUCAAGAGGAUACUAUAACAAUACGAGAUUUCAUAGGAUAAUAAAGAAUUUCAUGAUGCAAGGUGGUGAUCCAACUAGUACUGGACACGGUGGAGAGUCCAUGUGGGGAAAGCCGUUUGAUGACGAAUUUGCUCCAGGUCUUUCUCAUGAUGCACGAGGGAUUCUUUCUAUGGCUAACAAGGGAACGAACACAAACCAGUCGCAGUUCUUUAUUACUUUUCGCCCGUGUAAGUACCUUGACAAGAAGCACUCAAUUUUUGGCCGUGUUGUUGGUGGACAAGAUGCUUUGGCCUCGAUUGAAAAAGUGGAAACCGAUAGGGGAGACGUACCCAAAGAGCCAGUAUAUUUUAUGCGUGCUGAAGUCUUCGUGAACCCUUUUGAAGAAGCCGAGGCAGAAGUUCAAAAAGAACGAGCAGAUUUGCUUAACAAAAAAACAAAGAAAGAACCUGCUGUUAAGCCGAAAGUUUUUGGAGCAGGUGUUGGGAAAUAUAUAAAUCCGGAAAGUAAGCGGGCGAUAUCCAGUGAUGUAAGUUGGCUUGCGGAGCUUCUGGCUGUUUUCCUUGUCAUAUCUUUAUGUCUUUGUUUUUUUUCAGGCAUUAUCGUCACCUGUUGUCGUUAA